CUGGAAUUGACGGAACAAGCGUCUGUGUACCUUGACAUCUCAUUAAAAAUCCAAAACUCCACUUUCAGAACUCUGAAUUAGCUGUUUACGUCAAGGCAAAAUGUAUGACGAGGAGGCAAAUUUAGCCGGAGAAUUCUCCGGAUUUUCAGACAAGGAGAUUCGAUUAGGAUUUAUCAGGAAGGUGUAUGGAAUACUUCUGAUGCAGAUUGUUGUUACUAUAGCAAUAAUGAGCAUCUUCAUGUAUGUACCUGCAGCAAAAGAAUACUCGUAUGCCAACCCAUGGUUGAUGAUUGUAGCUAUGGUGUUGACGUUUGUUUUGCUGAUUGCCCUGGCCUGCUGUCCGAAUGUUCGGAGAUCUUUCCCAACAAACUUCAUCCUUCUUGGGCUCUUUACAGGACUUGAAGCUUUCAUGCUAGGAGUUGUUUCAAGUCACUAUGACACAGAAGCUGUCCUCAUUGCAGUGGGAAUUACUGCAGUUGUAUCACUUGCAUUGACCAUCUUUGCUUUCCAAACAAAGUGGGACUUCACCAUGAUGGGCGGCAUGCUGUUUGUGUUUCUCAUUGUCCUGUUCUGCUUCGGACUGUUGUGUGCUAUCAUCCAGAGUCAGUUUGCAAACCUGGCCUACGCAUCACUUGGAGCUCUUCUCUUUUCAGCUUACCUUGUGUUUGAUACACAGAUGAUGAUGGGCGGGAAACACAAGUACUCUAUCUCGCCGGAGGAGUACAUCUUUGCUGCGCUGAACCUUUAUCUGGACAUCAUCAACUUGUUCCUCUUCAUACUGUCUAUAGUAGGACAGUCUAGAGACUAGGGUCCUAGGGUGUAAAACUUGUGUUUGAAGACCAGUCUGAAAUUCCCAACAUCUGAUUGGUUGUUGUAAACAUAAUUUUGGAAUUAUCCAAUGGCAGAGCUACAUUCUUAGACUGGUCUCAAAACUCACAUUUUUCUUUGUUAGACUUUUAGAAGAAUCCACCAGAAGGAAGUGUUUUCCUGUUUUAAAAAAAUUGCAAAAUUCAUGACUUUUAUGACAUAAUCCUAUAUACUUGUUUUUUUCUCACAGAGUAGCUGAAGAUUUUGACAAGCGUUCCAUAUUUCAUUUUCAAGUUAACAUAAGUUAUAGCUUUGAAAGAUUUUUUGUUUCAAAAUAUUUUAUUCAAUAUAUGUUCACAGAAUUUGACAUAUACUGAUAUUGGUUAAAUUUACUUAGAGAAUAUACCAAAACAAGAGAAUUAGAUAUAUAUAUAAAAAAAACAAAAACACUUCUGUUGAAUUUGACCAUUCAAUUAAUUUUUUUAAAUCUUUUAAGUCUUUCAAAAAAACACAGGUUUUAUACUGUUAAGACUGUACUGGGAUAAUUAUGUCAAAUAUUGUUAAGGUGAUGUAAAAUGCACUUUUUUUUAAACUCUAAUUUUCUUUAUUACUGUAUGAUGAUGGGCAAGAUAUAUGUGGGUUUGGUACAUGACUAUGUAUGGGAUAAUGAGAAACAUUCCUCAAAGAGGAAAAGUUUUACGAGAAAAUAAAUUUUGUAAAAUCAUUCAAUUUCAUAAAGUGUAAAAUUUCAUGGUUUCAGGAAAGUCAAAUAUUUUGUAGGGACAUGAGUUAGUGGGUUAUAAACUUUCAAGAUAGAAUUAGGGAAAAAUGGUUAUUUGUAGAGAUUUAAUUUGGUGGAUUGACACAACUUUGAAAAUAAGUCCCCCACAAAUGUUAAUGGUUUUACAGUAUUGAUUCAUUUUUAUUUCAUUGUAUUGAUGAGAAAAGGAUACUUACAUUUUUCUUUCAAGUAAGUUUGAAGAUAAAGGAUUGUUUUUCCUUUCAUUCCUUUUUAAGUAAUAAUACUAAUUAUAAGAAAACAUUCUUUCCUUUAAAAAUUCAACCCUUAGAAGAAGCAAAAUGAUAGGGUUUUUUUAAGCUCUUGCUUUUUUGAGACAUUUUAAAUGAAAUAACCCCUGUAAGUGGCUACCAGUACUGUUUUGAUUUAUAACUGAAACUUAACAAUCUUCCCAUUCUGUGUAUUAAUUCAAGUUGGAAGAGUAUCAUAUCUAGCAUGUGAUGCAUGUGGGAUAUACAUGUUUAUGACUUAGAAUAUUUUUACAUGUUAUUGUUGGUAGACUUGUGUUUGUUACUACGGAAUUUAUUAGUUUUUUUAUUGACAAGAUGGAAAGAUUUCUGUCACGUGAUAUUUGAUGGACCAGUUUACUUGAAAAUCUGUUUGUAACCAUUUUGAGCUCAAUUAUUUGAAGAAUAGGUGGAACUAUUGCACUCAGCACUUUGUGGGUAUCAGCAUUUAUGUCUAUGUCAAAAUUUUGUUAAGUUUCUGUAUGUUUGUCUGUUAGCUGGUUUCCUUGUAACCACUAGUCAGAAUGGAUUGAAACUUCACACACCACUUGUUCCUUUUAUGUGACUCUUAUAUCUAUUUUUGGAUUAGUUUAGUGCUACACAGAAAUCAUGAUAAGACAAUGUGUCAACACGUGACCUAUGCUUGUCUGUCAAAGGUCAAGGUUACUAUUGACAUUUUUCCAUUGGUAGGGGACUUCUGUAUUGCCACUGCAAUACUUGGUCACAUGUGUUCACCUGAUAUACAGUACUCGGGUUUUAAAACUGUAUCAUUAUUUUUUUACGAAGUUGUGCCCCUUUUAAAUUAAGCAUUCUUUGGGCAAGUUUUUUUUAUGUAAUCUGGUAUCUUAAGUACUAACCACUAGUGGGCAUGGAUUGAAACUUCACGCAUUUCUUCUCUGUUAUGAUAAUGCAUACAGUGUGCAGGUUUUUUCAAAGCUUUUUUGCAUUUUCAUAAAGUUUUGCCCCUUUUUCGAUUUUUUUGUUUUCACCUGUUUUAUCAUUUUUGUAGCAUAAUAAGAAGGGAAACUUGAUGAUUUGACAUUGGUGCCCUUUUCGUACUAGUUUUUAUUAAUUGUUCAUUAAUUUAACUUUCUUAGUGAGAAGCUUUUGAAAAAUUGCAUGCUGUUGUCCUCUGACAGUUAUCUUGUUGUUUCCAGUAGAGAAAGGUUAAUAGUGUUUUGCUGUUGCUCUCUUUAGAAAGGGUUCUAUGACAUCAUGGAUCCAUUCUGGAAAAAAAAAACAUUGUUUUAUGAAUGAGUUUAUCUUCAGCUGUCAUGUAGACAGAAAUAUAGGUAACUGACAUCUUCACUGCCCUGUCAAGUGUUCUGUUGUUUAUUUUGAAACUUUCUAUUUAUAACUUAUUUGAAUACUUGUUUAUUUGAUCAGUGUUUAAUUUUGAUUUUGACGAGAAUUUUUUUCAUUGUUUCACAUGUAUUGUCAUUUAAUUCACAUUCUGCAUGGUUGUUACUAAAUUGUCAUUAUAUUCUUCACUGUUAAUAUAAGAUGUAGAACCUAGAAUGAGUUGUAGUUGACAGAUUGAGAUUUUAAACGUGUGUACCAUAGUGUGUAGAGUUGAAGAUUGUAACGGGUGGAGAUUUAAAGACAUAAUGCAUUGGACCUUUAAUCCAAAAGUAGAGGGAUGUAUUUCCAGCACAGUAUAUUUGACCCUAGUUUAGAGAAGCUGUGUAUAGCUGUGAAAGAUUCUAUCAAUUUCUCUGAGAACAGUACCACAUAGUAGGCAUUGAAUGAAAUUCUGUACACACUUCCUAAUACACUUUUUAAAAUUUCAGCCUCUCUUAUGGUAACAUUGAUAAAGCUAUAUAAAGAUUUGUGGGAAAGUAGUCAGAAAUAGAGGAUAUAUCUAACAUGGGAUAUAUUCUAGUUAGUCAGUUACUGUGAAGUCAUUGAUGUUCGUGGGGGACUAAUUUUUGUGGAUUUUGCAGUUGCCUUAACCCACGAAAUUAAAUGGCAACAAACGAGUAAAAUUCCCAUUCUUUCAGCUUAAAAAGUUAAAUACUGUAAAAAAAAAUUAAAGUUGAAAAUCCGUGAAUUCAUCUCCCCAAGAAGUAGCUAUUUGUGAUAAAACCAUGAAAGUUCAUGCCCUUGAAAUGAAAUGAUUUCGCAGCAUAUGUAUGAUGUAAAUAUUUGUUAGAAUUUGUUCAAUGCAAAUAAUCAUAUUUUAAUUCUGUAGUGGUGUUUAAUGUCGUAGCAUUAGGAAUAACCUUUUCACAAAGUCACUGUGACCAAAUUAUGAAAAGUGAAAAAUGUGUAGGCUUUGUCUAUAUGCAUGUAUUAUAAUGUAGUUUUAUUGUUAAUUUAUAUAUUAUUAACUGAUUGUUGUUAAAAUCAGUUCUUACCUUGAAAGUUAACUGUUUUUGAAAAUAUUUCCUUUUUGUACAAGUUCUGUUGAAAGAAAUCUCAAGUAUAACGUUACAGCUGAAUAAAGAUACAAUUAAACCUGUCUUAGCAGCCACCUCUUCCUUGAGCAGCCAUCCCCCACCCUGAGCAGCCACCCCUCCCUUUAGCAGCCAUCCCCCCAGCCGACACCCCUCCCUAAAGCAGCCACCCCCUCCUUUGAGCAGCUACCCCUCCCCUGAGCAGUCACCCCUCCCUCUAGCAGCCACACCUCCCCUGAGCAGCCACCCCUCCCUUUAACAGCCACCUCCCCUGAGCAGCCACACAGCUAACUUACUACAUUGAGGUUUUGUUCUAAUUUCACCUUGUCUUACGCAGUCACCUCCCUUGAGCAACCACACAGCUAACCUCCUAGAUUUUUUUUUUUCUAACUUCAUUUUGUCUUACACAGCCACCUUCUUUAACUUAAUGACAUCAAAUUUUGAUUUUGUUUUCUGAAGUUAUAUAUCAUUACCACGUGGUGGGUUUUUGUGCACUGAAUCAAAAUAAACUUCAGUUUUAUUUAAAUAAAAACCUAAAAUUAGGAAGAAGAGUGUAAGAUACCAGUAAAUUUUCAACUACAUAGCACUGAAGAUAGGGAAAAGUUAAAGAUGUUGGUAUAAUUCAACUACUUAGCACAAAACGGAAAGGAAAAUGUAUCAGUAUUAUUAUGUACAAAGUGCUAAAAAUAGAUUAAAGUCAGUGGUAUUAGUAAAUUCCAACGCAAAUAAAAAUGAUGCAGACAUUACAUAAUCAACAGAACUACUCAAUUCCAGGAAGAUUGUGUUUUAUGAUAUGUGUAAUUUAUGUUUAGACAAACAAGGUUUGUUGGUAAACAGUUUUCAGUAUGAUUUGUUUUCUUGUCUCGCUAUUCAUUUUACUGGAGAGAGAUUAUGAAACAGAGCUAGAUACAGUUAUACCUAUAGUCUAACCUGUCUUAAGCAGCCAGCCAGGGGAAGCAGACAAUUUGGCCGCUGAAGCCAGGUGACCGCUGAUCGGAGGUGCAGCCAGUAUAUGUAUUUUUCAGACUUCUGACCAGUUUAGCCUUUAGGCCCAUUUCUUUUUCAGUUUCUAUUAUUAUUUUACCAAGAUACCUUGACAUGCAUUUGCCUUCGUAAUACGAAUUGUCUUCUAAGCAAUCUAAAAAUCCAGUGUGAUUUUUUUUAACAACAAAAAUUGUUAAAGACAAUUUUCCAACUUCAAAACAAGUUUGUUUACAAUUUUCGCCAUUUUGGUAAGGGAAGGUACUCUCCGCGCUUACUGUCUAUGCUAAAAUCUAAUAUCGCCGUUAUGUUCCGUAAAAGAUCGAGUGGUUUAUAUUUCUUUCAAACACAAUAAUUUUCAUAUACAUUUAAUAGUCUUUUGAUUAAAGAAAUAUAAAGAAUCGCAAAUAUUAUGCUUCUAAUUAGAUAUCGAGUAUUAUCUUUAACCGAGAUCAAACUGUGAAAAAAACAAAAUUGACACAAGGUGACACGCUAAUUGCCGAUAAUUACUGGCCAUUUGAUCGGAACAAAAAGGGGAUCACACCUUUGGUUAUCAGUUUUAAUUGAUAAGCUCAUGUCAUUUUGGCGUCCGUGUGGUGAAGUCACGCGAGACUUACCAAUCACGUGUUUCUCAAAAAUCGGGUAUCAUCGGCGAUCAUCGCCUAAAAUAAUUAAUUUUGGAAGAAACAUGGCCGCAGAAAGGGGUCAAAUACGGUGGUCGGGAGGCAAUUUUGGUGGCUGCUGGCCCCGGAUGGGAGGUGGCCGCUGAAUAAAGUGAUAAAAUAGAGUAAAAUCCGUCGGGGGCGUCAUAAAAUGACCGCUAAACGGAGGUGACCGCUGAUCGGAGGUGACCGUUAGUACAGGUUAGACUGUAUAUUGAUAGAUCUACUUCAUUUAGUUGGUACAAAUGAUGAAAAAAUAUUCAAACCGAGUUAAGUGUCAAAAGUAAGUUGUGAAAAUAAAGCUAAAUUUGUUAGUUUUAGACAGCACCAAGAUAACAUGCAGUAGACUAGAAAAAAACUCCAGUUGUAUUUAGCUUUUGUACAUCUGAUAUUGAUUAAAAAGACCGUACAAUCAGCAAAUGAAGGAUAAAUCUUUCUCUAAUCAUUUUAACAUUCCAGUAGGCAGACCAGAUCCGGUCUUUAAUUUUUCAGUCUUAAACGUAUAAACAAAUUUAAAAAUCAAUUUAAAUUGAAAUAUUUCUUAUAUGAAAAAAUAAGUAUAGCUGUAUUUUGUUCAAAUACUAAACGAAUUUGGUCAAACCUAAUCAGCCUGUACAUAGCUUUGAUUUUUUGUUUUAUAUGUAUACUGGUAUUCAUUGGUUUGUGGUACCCGGUAAGUGAUUAUAAUACUGAAUAUUGAAUCAGCAUUGAUAUGAAAUGUAUGAGCAGUUCUGUUCACAUUCCGUGCCAUUUAUUAUACACUUAGAAAUAAUAGUGUGGGAUUGAUUUUGUCUUUUUAGUUUCUUUUUAGUUGUGUAAAUACUAUCUAUAUUAACAAUAAAAACCAAGAAAAUUG